AUGUCGACCAACUCUGACUCGUUUGACGAGAACGCCAUUGACGAAGAGGAGGUUGUACGCGCUCCGCCCACCACCCCUUUCGCCCGCCGUAUGAGCUUUGGGGCCCCCGCCAUGCGCAAUGUUCGUCCAGGUGGCGGAAGCCCCUCAGCGCCAAAUGGUAAUCACCCAUCUGCAUCAACAUCUGUCCCCUCCAAUGCUCCCCUUCAUCAAAUGUCUACCAUGAGCGGCAGACGAAGCAGUGUGAACCCCCGAGUUCCCUCGACGAGAACAGAUCAAGGAUUUAACUGGUCCGAGCAACUCAAGUCCCGAGCUGAGAGCUCUGUCCAGGGCCCCCGACCGUCAUUCUCCUUUGGCUCGACUGCGUCCACCUCGCCACCCCGUGGCAACGGCAGCGCCAUGCACGACCGCGCCAAAUCUGUGUCUGACAUGCCCGCCCCGCCCGCGCAGGCCGCCGCCAUGAAGCCUAAGGCUCCUGAGCCCCAGCGAAAGAAACCCGACGCUUUCCAGGAGCGUAUUCUCAAGGGAGACUUCUACAUGGACUGA